AUACGUCAACUAUGGACGCCCAUUCUCUUAACAAUGCUACAAUCAACGAAUUGCUCCUGAUAUUCGACCAGAUCUACACUCACAACAACCUCCUUGUGCUAGACAACAAGUUGUCGCCCAUCAUAAACUUUCUUCUCCCAUUCAAGGUGUUCAAACAACGGGCCAAAUUCGAUAAGAUCACCUUGAGCGAUAGCAUCAACCAUGAAGUAAUACAACAGUACCAGAACAUCAUCAUCCUUUUCGACGAGGAUACACCUAUUUCGAUCCCAGAGCAUGCGAGAGUAACUAUCAUUAUCAAGAACUUGACGAAACUGAGGCUCUAUGAGUUGAACCAGCAGUACCACUUUGGCUUGAGCUUUGACGAGAUCAUUGAAAACAAGCUUGACAUGGUAAGGGCCAAAACUUUAAAAAUAUACAACUGGCAGUUCAAAGGCAUUGAGGUAGAUCCCGAUAUCAUCAGCUUACAGGGAAGCUUAGCCCAGUACUUUGAUGAACCAAUUUACCAGGUCAACCAGCUUGCGAAUGCAUUGGUGAAUUUGGUCGACAAGUUCAACAUCAAAAUCAACAGCACCUACGCCCAAGGAAGCAACUCCAACAUCUUCACGGGACUCUACGAGAAUAAGCUUCAGGAGCACCUUGCACAGAAAUACAAUAAUUUGCAACAAGAGUUCUACUCGAAUCACUUGACACCCACGCACAAUUUGGUGGUGAUCGAGAGAAACCUUGACUUCUUGCCGGUGAUGAUGAGCCAGUUGAAUUACGUCGGGCUCAUCGAUGACUUGGUAUCGAUAAACAUUAACCUAGUCAAGAUUGUUAAUGAUCAGGGCAAGGAAGAGCAGAUCAAGGUAGAAGACGAGCUCUUUGAAAACUUAAAGUACUUGAACUUCUCGCUUGUGGGGCCCAAGUUGAACAAGUUAGCCAAGUGGAUUAAGAACCAGUACACUAACAAUUCAAGUGAGAUGAAUCUUAAGGACAUCAAGAAAUUGGUGUCGAGUUUGACGGAUCUCAACCGACAGCAGGAUCUUGUCAAGAAGCACACCAACCUCUCGGAGAAUCUACUCAACAAAGUCAAGAACGGAGGUGCUAACAGAUACAACGAAUACGAGAUUGUGCUCGAGUUCGAGAAUGAGGUAUUUCAACUCACGUACAAACAGCAGAUCUCUAAGCUCUUGGAGUUCUUGGACUUAAACUUAUCUGCCCGUACUAUCAUUAAUUCGCUUGUGAUCGUGCUGACCAUCAACUCAGGGAUCCGGUCCCGAGACUACGAGCAGAUUAAACAGCAAGCAUUUGAAAAUUAUGGAAUCACCAUCAUCUACCAGUUUGAAAAGCUCUUUAAGUAUUGUCUCGUGAGACUCAGUGAUGUGGAGACUCUUGACACCUAUACCGCUGGAGUUACGGGAGGAAUCAACGUACACAACAACAACUACACCCUUCUCAACAAGUUUUGGAAUCUCCAUCCAGAAGAACAAGAAGACGACCAGGAAAUCAAUGGCAUUGAAGACUACCCGCAUCCGUCAUUUGCAUUACCGUCCGCGACGGUACCAUUAACGAUAAGAGUGAUUGAGUCGCUUUUUGUGAGAGACUUUUUGACCUACAAACCCAUCAACAAAAUCACCAAACAGCCUAGCUGGCAGAACUUGGGACUCGAUAAAAUGUUUAAGGGCAAGGUGUCAGAAACCAUAGGUGACGCAACUGUUAAGAAUACCAUUUUGGUAUUUGUAGGAGGCAUCACCUGGAGCGAGAUUCUGUGUAUCAAGUACUUGAAUCAUAAACUCCAGGCACGUGAGCUCAACCAUCAAUUUGUGGUUUUGACCAACUCAAUUGUUGGAAAUCGCCAGUUUGGUGACUCGCUUCAGUAGUAAGUUUAUAUUAAUGGUAAUACACAAGUGACUAUAUGCGAUUCAGGAGGGCAAAAACCCUGACAUCCCACUGGGACGCUUGGGACGCUGUUUAGACAGACUCUUCAGCUUCCUUUUGGGCCUUCAACUGCUUGUAGAACUCUUCUCUCUUGGCGACCAAAGGUUUGUGCUCGAAGUACCAAUAUCCGGUGGCCAAAACAAAGCCACAACCAAAUCCGAUGGUGAUAUCUGUGAUGAUUUUUCUUCUCAAGGUUCCGGUGAUUGGAGCAAUAGGCAUGUUACUAUAUGUUUAUGUUGGUGGUGUCAAUAUGUUAAAAACGAUUGGAUGAGUUUUUCCA